CCGAAAAUGUUGCAAAUCAAGUACUUGUUCGCCCUCUUCGCUAUUUUGAUGCUAGUUGUUCUGGGACCCCAAGAAUCCGAUGCUGUCGACUGUCUUUCCAGAAGAUUUCGAGGUCCUUGUGCCGUCUGGGAUUGGGAGAGGUGCCGUCGAAUUUGCAGGGAAGAAGAAAGACGACUCAGUGGUCAUUGCAGUGCCAGACUGCAAUGCUGGUGCGAAGGAUGCUGA